AUGGAACCUCCUCUUCCUCCUCCAGAACCCAACAACACUACUGAUACCAAAAGCAGUGAUACCACCACAAGUGACAACACCACCAACACCACCAACACAACCAAAAACGAAGACACCGUCGCCAAAAAUGACACCACCAACAGUGGCAGCAGCGGGAGCAGUUCGACCAGGAGGUGUAAAGGGAAAGGUGGACCAGAUAACAGCAAAUUCCGGUACCGAGGUGUGAGACAACGGAGCUGGGGCAAAUGGGUCGCCGAGAUCCGGGAGCCGAGAAAGCGGACUCGGAAAUGGCUCGGUACGUUUUCUACAGCCGAGGAAGCCGCAAGAGCUUACGACCGCGCUGCUCUUAUCUUAUAUGGAUCAAGAGCUCAGCUCAAUUUACAGCCAUCCGGCUCGACUUCCUCCUCAUCCUCCUCCUCUCGCGGCGGCUCUGCGUCGUCUUCUUCAACCACUUCAUCGACUCAGACUUUGAGGCCUCUUCUUCCUCGCCCUUCGGCUUUUGCCUUCACUUUCUCUUCGGCUUCCUCCACUUCGACUCUCUUGAUGAGUACUCAGCACGCGCUGCAGACGCCGGUGGCGGCAGAGCUGGCUGCUUCUUCCUCGGGGUUCAUGCCGUUCGGUGCUUACCAAAACGUCGUCGUUGGUGGGUCUUCGGCUGCUCUGCUUUGCCCUAGCAUGGUGAUGACCAGUACUUCUACUGCUACUACACAACUCCCAGUUUUCUAUCAACACUAUCUUCAGCAUCACCAUCAUCAAUAUCUACCGUCCGAUCAGAUUAACGUCGGAGAUAUUUCGACCCAUUAUCAUCAUCAUGGACCUACAUCUGCGACAACCUCGUAUAAUCAAAACCCUACACCCCACCGCCAUCACCAUCAUCAUCAACCACAACAGCAAGAAGAGCAAGAGGGCUGUGUUUUUGAUGUCAACUCGCUCGUUGGCUCGGUGGAUUCGAGUUUGUCUCUCUCGACUCAGUCUGCCGAAGCAGUUAUUGCACCACCGCCACUCCCACCAGCUAAUCCGGAUCCGGGUUUUUCAGUCGGUCACGGAUCUACUCCGGUGUGGCCUUUGACGGGGAGCGCCGAAGACGAUUACCCACCAUGCAGUAUCUGGGAUUACCCUGAUCCCUUCGGCUUCCUCGAUCUUGAUUUUUGA